UACGUCACACUUCGGGACUCUAUUGCGUUUUCUAGUUGAUUUUGUUAUUUGUUAUCAUGUAGGGCGGCUGGAAUGUGUCAAUAGAAUGUGCUAACGUUUUUAUGUGUCGGAUGGUGGGGGUACGCGAGCCGAGUCAGGAUGUAUGUAGGUGGUGGUAGCCUUUGUCGAAAAAAAGUCUGGGAACCCCUGUCCUAGAUCCUAGAGAACUCUGGUCCUAAGGCACUCAAGACCGCCCUGAAAACGAAAGGGGCGGGGUUUCAUAGUCUUGAACCGGGAUUUCCUGAUUGCAACACAAGGAUGAAUGUGGGCGUAGCUCACAGUGAGGUGAACCCCAAUACGAGGGUUAUGAACAGCCGUGGCAUUUGGCUGGCUUACCUGUUGCUGACUACUGUGUUGCACGUCGUGCUACUGAGUAUUCCAUUCUUCAGCGUGCCUGUUGUGUGGACCCUGACAAAUGUCAUCCAUAAUCUGAUUAUGUACUUGUUCUUGCACACGGUGAAAGGCACUCCGUUUGAAACACCUGACCAGGGUAAGGCCCGCCUCCUCACACAUUGGGAACAGAUGGACUAUGGCAUACAGUUCACUUCAUCUCGGAAGUUCCUCACCAUCUCCCCAAUUGUGCUGUACCUCCUGGCCAGCUUCUACACAAAGUAUGAUGCUACCCACUUCCUGGUCAACACAUGCUCACUUCUCAGUGUGCUUCUUCCGAAGUUGCCACAGUUUCAUGGAGUGCGCAUCUUUGGAAUCAACAAAUAUUGACUGGGGAUGGGAUUUUCAGCUUUCCGUAUAGUUUUUCUUACCUCAGGUUGACCAAGGCUGAAGUGUAAAGGAAGAAGAUGGGUUUACCUCUGCAUCUAAGGGACUUUUCUUAUGUCAGCUGUGAAAUGCUGACCAUCACCCAGUUGUCCUUGUUAAUAAUAUUGCCUAAAUUUAAGUGAUUAUAUAAUAUGCAAAAUAUGAUGACCAUGGCUAGUUAUCUGUGUAAGGUCAGCAAGAGAACAGUAGUGGGUGAAUGAUGUGAAGACUUGGUCUCUUGUUGCUGAUAUUUUCAAAAUGAUUUUUGAAAUACUAUGAAAAAAGUUCCAUGCCUUGAAGUGGAAAUGGGGUGACUGAUGGAUAGGCAUAGAUGCAGUGCUACUCAAUAGCCACCUCCCACUACUGAAUGUGUGCUACUGCGUUAUUUAUUUAUUAAAGUCAGUGAUUGCCUUACAUUCUCAUAUACUAUUGUUGCCAUGAUAUUAAUACCUUCCUGAUUUUUUUGUUGUUGUUACUUUAAGGUUUGUAGAGAGAGUAUAAAGAGGGUUGUGAGGGUUACUUUGACCAAAAAAAAGGACCAGUUUAGAAUAUAGGUUUAUCUGAGAAACAAGGUAUGGCUAAAUGCAUAUGAAGAAGCCAAACUGUCAAGCUAUAAGCAGGUGGUUUAAUAUGCUCAAUGCACAUUCCUUAACCCCCAAAGAAAAUAGUUUGCCCAUGUGAAGUACAUUGUUAAAGUAUACAUUUGUUAAAGUUUUAACUUGGUAGCAGUCUUUUGAAUGUGCACUUGAAAGUGUGCAACAACAUUGAAAAUAGGUCAUGUCUGAGGGAGGAUAAUAUUUUUGAAAUGUCAGAUGAUUUUAUUGUUAUGGUUUUGAUUUUGCAAGUUAUUUUUUCACAACUGCACAAAUGACAAAUACAAUUAAUAAAAACAUUUGCUGUUUAAAACAUA